UGUGGAGAAGACACGAGUUAGCUCCCUUCCUUCACUUCCCUUCGUCUGCCAAGAUGGCUGCCUCUGCGGGGAGAGCGUUGUUGAUGAAUGUAAAACCACAUGUGCCUUUGAUAAAGUUUCCAUCCAGAGUUCUUUCCCCAGCAGGUGCAGCAGCCACACCACCCCUAGCACAUGCAUCUUCUCCAGCAAGACCACCAGCAGACAGCAAGCCCAUUGGCCAAGGAACUCGUGGAUCAGGCAUUGAUUAUAAUGAUCUCCCCCCGAAGUACCAUCGGAAAAUUAUAUCUCAAGAGGAAAUGGAAUAUAUAGAAAAAGGCGGCCAAGUGUGAUGUGUGUCCUUCCUGUGUUAAGUGUAGCUCCUCAACACAGCUUCCCUCGUCGAGCUACACUCACACAGUAAUCCUUAGUAAAAUACCUCAUAUUUUCACAAUCACAAGUAAUCAACAGUGGAAACAACAUGACCUUCUGUGAACGGCAGUGGUGUCUAUAGUGCUUGAAUAGGAUGUGGAUGUUAUAAUUAAUGAAUGACUGAAUGAAUGUGUGUAUGUUGAUAAUAAAACUGUGUUUUGAGUUUU